UUCCCCCUUCUCCUCGCCUAAGCCGUAAGCCGUAUAUAAUACCAAGAUGGGUAGCCGCGAGGACGGCGUGAGCCUAGUCGGGCUAGCAUUUCUUGGGCUCAUUCUCUUUCGUCGUAACUUACCACAACAGUCAUUCGUGAUCACUUGAUUACACAGUCUUCCAUUCAUUAGAGAUCUGUGAUCGUUCUUUUCGACAUAUCAUCAUUCUUCACCGCAAACAUGAAGACCUCAACUUUCUUUACCUUAGCCCUCACUGUCGCCGGUGUAUCAGCUGACCUAGUCCCGGCCCAACCCCCAACCAAAGUCAAGCGAGACCUCGCAACUGUAACCUCUGUCGUCUCUCAAGUCUCGGCCGCCAUCGCCAAGCUCGACACCGCCGUCAAGGCCUUCGACGGAUCGGACAUCAGCACCGUACAGACUGACGCUCAGGCCCUCAUAUCGGCCCUCACAUCCGGCGCUUCCUCUCUCAGCAGCAGCGGUUCCAUCUCCUUAACAGAUGCCGUGGGCCUCGAGAGCGUAGUAACCCCUCUAGGGACCGCGGCCGAGACCCUCGUCGAAGACGUCGUGGCCAAGAAGGAUCAGUUCGAGCAAGCUGCCGCAUGCUCUGUCAUCGGCAACGAGAUCUCGAGCGCUGGGACCGCGGCGAAGACUCUUGUAGAUGGAGUCGUGUCCCAGGUCCCGGAGGCGGUGCAGAGUAUUGCGGAGGCGGCCGCGAAUAAAAUCGUGGAUACCUUGACGAGCUUGGUGUCACAGUUCUCUUCUGAUAACUGCGUAAACUCGGGAGGCUCUGCAAGCAGCGCUGCUGCUGCCGCUGCUUCGUCCAAUGCUACCGCGGUUGCUAUCCAGGACAGCUCUUCUUAUGUAGUCGUCGCUUCAACUACUGCUAAGGAGGUUGCCACCGACAGUGCAGUCACUGUAACCGUUACGGCGCCGUGUGCGUGCGCCGCGUCCAGUUCAUCGGCCGCUGUUGUCUUCACUUCUAGCACUCCGACCCCGAUCUUCCCAGCGAACUCGACGACCGUCUUCCCUACCGGCACCGGCGCGGUAACCACCCCGGCAUCCGCAACCCAGUCCAUCGUUACUGCCGGCGCUGUCGCUCACGGUGCGGUAUCAGGCUCGAUGGGAUUCGUUGCUGCUAUCGCUGCUGUUCUAUUCAUGUGAUUCCAAAUAUACCCAACUUGUUUUCUUUCUUGUUAAGUGGUUGUUAUGGUUAUGAUUAGUAGGGAACGAAUGAUGGUCUGCGUAUAUCAUGAGCACCUAAUGCUGGAUCUUUCAACCUGCGCGUCGGGGCUGGCGUACCCGCUGGUGUACAUGUGUCGAUCCUUGUGUAUAGCGAAUAGAAGAAGCUGUAUAUAUGAUGUCUGAGAGUGACUAGUCUUUGUCGAAAGUGAUUUCCUUUUGUGAUUUGAGAGAAUGAUGUAAUUUCAGGCGACAUUAACCUGCGAUUUUUUGAGAUUGGUAGUUGGUAAUACUCACAUACGUAGGUAGAUGAUCUCGGCCUAACGUUCUGGACUUGAUCCUUAAAUCCACAUUCCACUUCCCGUAAGAUCACGGGAUCUGGGGGGAUAGAUAAUAAAUAUUGUA